AUUCUAUUACGAGGAGAUAUUUGUGAAAAUGGCGGCGUUCACAGGAGAACACUGGAGAAGCGAGCUGCCCGGCCACAAGAUUUUUAUGAAAUUACGGGAGAAGCUUCAUUUGGAACCUCAAGCAAGUGGUAGAAAACUUGCGAAAAACCUUACAUUUUGCUUGAAUGGUGAUUUAUUCGUAUGGGACGACGAUGAUAGUGUAUUUUACACAACCAACCUGAGACAGCUGAACUCAGAAGUGCUAGAUAGUUCCGCAUAUCAGACCCUGCUGUGCAUCAACCCGCCGCGGUUCGAGGUGUGCGAGGUGCUGCUCAGCCCGACCCAGUACCACGUGGCUCUGAUCGGCCAUCGCGGCGCCACUGUCCUGGAGCUGCCACAGCGCUGGGGCAAGAAGUCCGAGUUUGAGGGCGGCCGCAGCCAGAUCAACUGCAAGACCAUCCCGGUGGCGGAGCGCUUCUUCACCAGCUCCACGUCUGUCACCCUCCGGCAGGCGGCCUGGUACCCCAGCGAGACGGAGGAGCCCCACCUGGUGCUGCUGACGUCUGACAACUCCCUCAGGUUCUACAGUCUAAAAGAGCCUCACACGCCAGCCCGGGUGCUCUCCGUGUCCCAGUCAGAGGAGGAUGGUACGGUUCACACAAGAGGGCGCUCCUACGCCGCGUCUCUCGGGGAGAUCGCCGUGGCCUUCGACUUCGGGCCGGCGGCGGGGGCCCCCCGGCAGCUUGUGGGCCUCCGCGGGAAGGAAGAGGUGCUGGCGUACCCCCUCUACGUCCUGUACGGGAACGGGGAGACCUACUUGAUCUACACCAGCCUGGCGCACAGCGGUGGAACUCUAGGAAAGCUGCUCGGCCCACUACCCAUGUACCCCGCGGCGGAGGAUAACUACGGCUACGACGCUUGCGCUGUGCUCUGCCUGCCGUGCGUGCCCAACAUCUUGGUCAUCGCCACGGAAACGGGUACGCUGUACCACUGUGUCGUACUGGAGGCGGAGGAAGAGGAGGAGUCUGGGGCUGUGGAGAGGUGGACGCGUGGAUCCGAGUCUGUUCCCUCGUUGUACGUGUUCGAGUGUGUGGAGCUGGAACUGACACUCAAACUGGCAGCCGGGGAGGAGGAGGAGCCUGCGGAAUCUGAUUUCACCUGUCCAAUCAGACUGCACAGAGACCCCUUGUGCCAGCACAGGUACCACUGCACACACGAGGCGGGGGUGCACAGCGUCGGCCUCACCUGGUUCAACAAACUGCACAACUUCCUUCAGUCUGAUGAGGAAGAUAAGGACAGCUUGCAGGAGUUAGCAGCUCAACAGCGGUGCAUUGUGGAGCACAUCCUCUGCACGAGGCCACUUAGCAGCAGCUUGUCGGCCCCAGUUCGCGGGUUCUGGAUCGUGUCAGACCUGUCUCUGGGAGCCACAAUGAUCUGCGUCACCAGCACCUACGAAUGCCUCCUGCUCCCUUUGCUGAGUUCAAUUCGCCCGCCUUCCCCUCCCCUGCUGUGUUCCCACCCGGGGGUGGGGCCUGGAAGCUCUCCGCUGCGUGGCUUGACCAAUGACCCAUUUGAACAGCACAUCCGCAACAUUCUGGCACGCGGCUCAACGAAUCCACUCCUCCUGAGGGCGGAUAAGGACACGUCCUCGACUCCUCCGGCAGAGUGUCUGCAGCUCCUGAGCAGGGCCACGCAGGUGUUCAGGGAGGAGUACAUCCUCAAGCAGGACCUGGCCCGGGAGGAGAUGCAGAGGAGGGUAAAACUGUUGAAUGGGCAAAAGAAGAAGCAGCUUGAGGAUCUUGCUCUGUGCAGAGAGGACAGUAAGAGUCUGCGAGAGUCCGCAGAACGUCUGGCUAGUAAGUAUGAAGAUGCCAAAGAUCAGCAGGAAGCUACCAUGAACAGGGUGAAGCGGGUUCUGAGCAGCCUGCGUAGCCAGCUGCCGGUGCUGUCGGACAGCGAGAAGGACAUGAGGAAGGAGCUGCAGACCAUCAACGACCAGCUGCGUCACCUGGACAACGGCAUCAAACAGGUUAAUAUGAAGAUGGAGUAUCAGAAGAAGCAGAUGGAGAAAGGAGCGUCCCCGGCCAGGGCCAGCAUCGCCCUCAGCGUCCACCAGAAGAAGUGCGUCCAAGGGGUCCUUAAAGAACAGGGCGAGCACAUCGCUGACAUGAUGAAGCAGAUCAAGGACAUCAAGAACCACUUCAGCUUCUGAGAAGCACAGGAUCACAACUCGACACAUUUCGCAAACUGGGGGGGGGCAGGGCGGGGCUGGCAAAGAGCUUGCUCUUCUCAGACAUUAAGUCAGCAGGAAAAUCUGUUUGCCUCUAUAAAUUUUACUCAACUUGACAAAAGAAUUCGGCUUGGUGUUAUCGUUUUUACUAAUAUUACUUUUGGUCCUGUGAGACAUUCAAUUGCAUCUCAGCAAUUACUUUUUGUGGUAAUUUCUGGCAAGAAAAUUAGUAGUGCAGUUAAUUUAGCCUGUGAGAGGUAGAAUGAGAACAGCCUGGUUACGUUGCAUUAGACAAGCUCUUCCUUUAGUUUAAUGCAGUAUGGGGGGGAAAAUAUGACAACCUGAGUCAGACUGUUUUUGUAUAACCACAUCUUAUCAAGGUUUUGUACUAGUGCGUAAUGUAUAUUUAUCUCACUGUGGAAUAAAAGUUCAUGUUUUGUACAGUUUUAA